ACAGAACUGGACUUCGCCUCUUUGUAGCAACCUCCUGGUCCGACCAAGGACUAUUGUACUGCGAUGGACGCGCCUUGGACGCAACCACCAGAGGCAAUCUUAGCGCAUUUCAAUACUGACCCCGUGUCUGGCCUUACAAAUGAGCAAGCAGCUAAGCACAGGGAGGUAUAUGGCAGUAACGAGCUACCCGAAGAUCCUCCUACUCCGCUAUGGGAAUUGAUCCUGGAGCAAUUCAAGGACCAGCUUGUCCUUAUCCUGCUCGCCUCUGCCAUCAUCUCGUUUGUGCUUGCUCUGUUGGACGACUCAGAGGAUGCUACGUUUGGCGGGGCUUUUGUGGAACCUCUUGUUAUUCUGCUAAUCCUGGUGGCUAACGCGACGGUCGGAGUAAUUCAGGAGACCAAAGCUGAGAAGGCAAUUGACGCUUUGAAAGAGUACUCUCCCGAUGAAGCCAAGGUCUUACGGGGUGGCCAACUCAUCAAGAUUCAUGCCUCUGAGCUUGUUCCUGGAGACAUCAUUAGUGUGGCCGUGGGGGACAAGGUGCCAGCGGACUGCAGACUUCACUCCAUCUCCUCCAGUAGUUUCCGCGUGGACCAGGCCAUUCUCACUGGAGAGAGUGUUAGCGUACACAAGUCUACCGAUGUUGUUGCAGAUGCCGGAGCAGUGAAGCAGGAUAUGACGAAUAUCUUGUUCGCUGGGACCACUGUAGUCAAUGGCAGCGCCAAAGCUAUCGUGGUUUACACUGGCCAGCGUACGGCCAUCGGGGACAUCCACAAGUCGAUCUCUUCCCAGAUCAGCGAGAAGACACCUCUGAAGCGUAAACUCGACGAUUUCGGUGACAUGCUUGCCAAGGUCAUCUCCAUCAUCUGUAUCCUGGUCUGGUUGGUGAACUUCCGCAACUUCUGGGACCCCGCCCAUCACGGAUUCCUGAAGGGCGCAAUCUAUUACUUCAAGAUUGCUGUUGCCCUUGCUGUCGCUGCGAUCCCGGAGGGUUUGGCCGCUGUCAUCACUGCUUGUUUGGCUUUGGGAACAAAGAAGAUGGCACAGAAGAAUGCGAUUGUUAGGAACUUGCCUAGUGUCGAGACCCUUGGUUGUACAAACGUCAUCUGUUCGGACAAGACGGGUACACUGACCACAAACCAAAUGAGUGUGUCCAAGUUCUUUGUUGUCAGCGGGGAGUCCGGGUCCCUUAACCAGUUCGACGUCGAAGGCACAACAUUCGCACCUAUUGGGUCGGUUAAGUCUGCUGAUGGCAAAGGGUCGUCUGCUGAACUUCGUUCAGAGCCUGUCCAACGUUUGGCGGAGAUCAGUGCGGUCUGCAAUGAUUCAAAGAUCGUGUAUCAUCCCGAGAAGAACUCUUAUAGCAAUGUUGGUGAACCUACAGAGGCCGCAUUGAAGGUCCUGGUGGAGAAGCUUCCAUGUCCUGACACAGAACUCUACAAGUCGCUGACGGGACUGUCACCCAUUGUGCGCGCAAGUGCAAUCAACGACUUCUACGAACGGGCUAUCCCAAGGCUGCUCACGUUCGAGUUCUCUCGGGACCGCAAGAUGAUGUCGGUGCUAGUUCGCUUAGGUUCCUCCGGUGCACUCUUCGUCAAAGGCGCCCCUGAAUCCGUCCUCGACCGUUGCACCACUGUUCUCAUUGCCGGUGGCGCCAAAGUACCUUUGACCUCCCAACUUCGCUCUAGGAUUCUCGAACAGACUGCCUCGUACGGCGCGGAUGGACUGCGAACACUUGCCCUUGCAUUUGCGGAUGUGCAGGAUAUCGAUGUGGCCCACUAUCAGUCUCAGAGCACCAGCGACUACGCGCGCUUUGAGCAGAACCUCACGUUCGUCUCCGUGGUCGGUAUGCUGGAUCCUCCUCGGCCGGAAGUAAAGUUGGCCAUCGCAAAGUGCAAGGCUGCUGGAAUUCGCGUUGUCUGUAUCACUGGUGAUAAUAAGGGCACUGCCGAAAGUAUUUGCAGGCAGAUUGGGAUAUUCGGGCCUAACGAGGAUUUGACUGGGAAGAGUUACACCGGGAGGGAGUUCGAUGGGUUGUCUCCUGAGGCGAAGUUGGCUGCCGUACAGAGAGCAGGCUUGUUCAGUCGAACGGAACCUGGCCACAAGAGUCAACUUGUGGAUCUGCUGCAAAGCCUAGGCUUAGUGGUGGCAAUGACUGGAGACGGUGUCAAUGACGCGCCUGCCUUGAAGAAGGCGGACAUUGGUGUUGCCAUGGGCAGCGGUACAGAUGUUGCAAAGCUGGCUGCCGACAUGGUCCUGGCCGACUCGAAUUUCGCAACGAUAGAGAAGGCUGUAGAAGAGGGCCGUCUAAUCUAUAACAAUACGAAGCAAUUUAUUCGAUACCUCAUAUCCUCUAAUAUUGGCGAGGUCGUCAGUAUAUUCUUGACGGUCUUGCUGGGCAUGCCAGAAGCUCUCAUCCCUGUGCAACUGCUCUGGGUGAAUCUUGUAACAGACAGCCUGCCCGCUACAGCCCUUGGAUUCAAUCCUCCUGAUCAUUCGAUCAUGAGAAUGCCGCCAAGGAAUAGCCAGGAGCCGCUUGUAGGGCCCUGGUUAUUCUUCCGAUACAUGGUCAUUGGUAUCUACGUCGGUUGCGCUACCGUAUUCGGGUACGCCUGGUGGUUCCUGUUCUACUCCGGAGGGCCCCAGAUUUCGUAUUUCCAGCUGACCCACUUCCAUCAAUGCUCCAAGCUCUUCCCCGAGAUUGGCUGCGACAUGUUCACGAAUGAGAUGGCUCACCGGGCAACGACCAUGAGUCUUUCCAUCCUCGUGACCAUCGAAAUGUUCAAUGCCAUGAACUCGCUUUCCGAGAAUGAGAGUCUACUUCGGCUCCCAAUUUGGAAGAACAUGUACCUCGUCGGUGCAAUAUGCUUGAGUAUGGCCUUGCAUUUCGCAAUUCUGUACAUACCAUUCUUCACGGCUAUCUUUGCGAUUACACCUCUCAACUGGGCAGAAUGGAAAGCAGUGCUUUACAUCAGCGCACCGGUUAUCCUCAUCGAUGAAGUGCUGAAGUUCAUAUCUGCGACUUUCGUUGCACCACCGACAAAAGUAAAGCUCGACUAGAUUACUCAGCGGCUAUUGUAUGAAAUAGAAAGACGUGCCCGUAGUCCUAUGGAUUGUUCACAUCUGACAGUCUGCCAUUCGUACCCGUCG